AUGCCUGUUCAGGGCAAUGUUGACUUUCAAAAUGCCCACAAACAGAUAAAUGGACAGUACUCGUACAAGUGGUCUCCAGGAUCCGACUUUGUCUUCCUUUUCAAGUGCUCCACAUAUGAUGAGAUUAAGGCCUACAAGUCUGACAUUGCUGACAGUGCAAGAACAUCAUCAGCACUACGAAGGGAUCUUGUCAACUCUGGAGAGGAUCUUGGAACAGCAGCCAAAUUUCCUCAUCUUUCGUGGAGUAACCCCCAUUUCUGUGGGUGUGGAGAAGAACCCAUUAAAACAGGCACAGGCUGUCAGCAAAUGGAUACUUGCUACUACCAACCCUCUGUCUGCCCCGAUGAAGUAAACCACGCCACAUGUGCUGCUGAUUAUUCAGCUUGCAAGUGUAAUAAGGGAUAUGUUGGCAGCCAGUAUGGUGCAAAUGCAGUGUCAUCAGGCUCGGGGAACACUUGUAUUCUCGCCGAAGAUGCAGACAACCAGAAUGAGGUCUCCUUUGAUUCUUUCGAUGUGGUGAUUAAGAAGCCGGGCUUGGCCAAGGUCAAUGUCAAUAUGCUUCGAUACGACACAGAUGAUCCGGACAAAGCACCAGAAGUUGUUCAGAAAUGGGACUCAACAGUGCAGGAUGUGGUAGCAUUGGAUGCUUCCCAGGAUAUUUAUAAGACGACUUUUAAUGGUCUGCGCCCUGGAUCAAAGUAUCAGUACACAAUCAGCGAUGAUGCGGGUGAAGUAUUUUUUGAUGGAGCCCACCAAGUGACCUACUGUUGCUGUGAUUGUGAAGUAUCCACACAACAUGAUGACACCACUGGAAGGCCCAUCGACAUCAGCGUCAAUCAAACUCUUGGUGUGGUUACAUUUGAGUUUGUUGAUAAUUCGCGCUGCUCAGAGGCUUAUGCAUUUACUAGGACCGAAGUGGGUAAUGGAGAGUUUGUGAAGGCAGAUGCGAAACUCAGGCAGACGUUUACUCCAAACUUUGUCAAUUUUGCAAAGGAGAAGUGCACAAAAUCUCCAGUCAAGCCAGGAACCAAUGCUGCUGAUGAUCUCAAAUUCUCAAGACUUCAGGUAUCAGAGCCCUACAGGUACUGUAUCAGGGCUGUCGCAGAGCGCUAUGCAGCUGACUCUCCACAUUCCAGUGAUGACGCCUGCAAGAUCCACUUUGUGAGGUGGCAAGCAUCAAUCAAGGGGCGAAUUGUAACAGACCAAGGAAAGGUGCCUGUAGAGGAUGUCAAAAUAAACUGGCAGUUGAUGAACAUGCAGCAAACUGUUGUCAUUCACGAAGGCACUGCCACAACAAAGAAGCCAGGGAAAUUCAAGAUGGAGUUUGAUGUGGAUGACAGCAUCAACAGAUUUCUCAAUCGUGACAAUGCUUUCCCGAUUCGCAUCACAUUUGACAAGAAAACAGAGUUGGCUGGGAGUGAUCCAAUUUUUCAUGAAUUUGUUUGCGAAGAUGGUACCGUUGACUGCUCAGGAGAGGACGGCGUAGUUAUCUAUCUGAAGCAUCUUGAGUUCAAUGAACCCUUCGAAGCCCGCGACAAGACAUCUGUGCCUAUCAAAGGAAGAGUAUCAAUUAUGGAAUAUGAUGGCUGCCCCCUGAUUGGGGCAGACGUUUGUGUGGCACAGAAACGACCAAAUUUCCCUGAGGUCCAGGGGGCUUGUGUGAAGACUGAUCGUGCUGGAAACUUCAAUCUGCCAGCUACGAUUGGGACCACAGUUGGAGUUAAAGUGGCCUACUUUGAGCACAAGAUUGUGAGGGCCCCAGGUAAUGUUCUUGAUUACACAAAAGGAAUGUUCAUUGACCCCAAGAGGCGUUACGUAGGAAAUGAUUUUGUCGACAUUCAGAAGGCAGCCCUCUUUGUCGAGAUAGCCGGAGGAGAGUGUGAUUUGCGCUUGGGCCGAAGCAAGAUAGAAUUUGAAGUGUGUGACUCACAGCCUCCAAUCGUGUUACUGCAAGGUCAGUGGAAGCAACAGCAUUCUCUCCCAGCCCAUGUUCUGGAUGUACGAGUACUGGAGAUAAGAGAUGAUAGAAACAUGGAGAACCCACCACAGAAGCUACAAUACAUCACCAAGCACUUUUUGGACAAGACCCAGACCAAGGCUGUUGAUCUUCGCAAGGAAGUGACAAAGGAGCAAGAAGAAGAGGGCAAACAAGAUGCGCCCAAGGAUGAAUCAGGAGUCGGAGAAGUUGAACCGGACGCUCCAAAGAAGAUUGUCCCAGAGCUUCGCUUUCAGUAUGAUGGUGCUUUGGAGAGUGGAUUCAUAUUUGGCGGAGCGGACUUGCGCAACGCCGGACAGUGUCCUGCAGACACUGUCUUGCCAGAGUCUUUGGUGAAGAAGCAAGCUGGUACUACCUACUCCCUCCACAUCACACCGACAGGUUCAUUCUUCAGGCCUGUUGUGACACUCAGAUACAAACUAAUGACGGAUAUGUACUGCGAUGUUGUUGGCAAGGAUAUUGAGGUUGAAAUUGAGAACAGUGUGGGCAUUGAUGCGAAGUGGGCAGAGUUCAAGAAGAGUCUCAAUGAAGAUGAAAUCAAAAAGUAUGAGAUCUGUGGUCCUCAAAACACUUGCAAGUUCAAGGUGGAACAUACCAACAUCAAUGAAGUAGAGUCUAAUGCACGUGUGACUCCCAAAGAUGCAAGGGGAAACAGAAUCCAGUUCAUUGUUGGACGUCCAAGGAUUGACUCCCCUUACCGCAAGACAUUCAAAGUCAAGGUGACCAAGCAGGGUGUGCGUAUCUUGACCCAUGUCGCCGAGAUGGUUGUAAUAGGCGACUACAAAUUGGGAGAAGGAAAAUCCUUUGCUCUCCCAACCUAUGAGCCCAUUCUGAUUCUUCGAGAUCCCCCUGGAGGGCUUUCACAGGCAUCCUAUGAGAAUGUGCAGACUACCAUGAGGGUAAAGUCAGCAGAAUUUGAGAGGCUGGAGGACGUUUCGCACAAUUCUCGACUACACAUUGGAGCUGACAUUGAGGCUGGAGGUUGUUUUGGCUUUGGGGUUUCAGUUUGUACUAAAAAUUUUGCCGUGUCGGGCGAUGGUCUGGGUGGUGGCUUUGACUCUGACGAUGUGACCUAUCAUAUGCACAAGGAAGAUGCCUUAACUGCAGAGUACACAACCACCUGGAGCUACACAACAAGUGACGAUCCAAUGCUUGCUGGACGCAAAUCUGAUGUGUUUGUGGUGCCGAAUUUGAAUGUCAUGUUCUCUGAGACUUUGAACUUCAAGUGGCAUCCUGAAAGUUGCUCAACCAAGACAACCACUACAACGAAAUUCAACCUGGCAGACACUAAUAAGAACAAGCCUGCUGUGUCUUUCUUCAGUGUUUACUACUUGGAAACACAUGUGCUCCCAACACUGGAGGAAAAGGUUCAGGAGUACCUUUACAGUUGGGGAAACGAAACUGAUGCACAGAAUAAGACGAAGCUGAAGUCACAAUAUGAUACCUUGAACUAUGCCCUGAAUAGUUGGAAUAGUUCCUUGGUAGCAUAUGAUGCCACCAACAACAUGGCAGAGAACCAACUCAUUCCUGCCCGAGAAUGGUUUGACAAGUGGGCGGCGAAGAAAGAUAAAAUCUUUGAUUUUGAUCCUCCUUCAAUGGCUGGAAGCUUCUUUGAAAACUUUGAAAGCUGGGCGCAAUAUACGCACCUAAAUGCCUUGAAGCCAGUCAUCGAACCUGGAGCGCAUUGGGCAAAAUUGACUCCUGAAACACUAACGGAAAGAGCAAUUGCAGUUCAGAAUGCUCCGUAUGUCAUGGCUGGGUCGCAAAGUGGCAAAAAGGACUUGAAGGAGACCAACAGGCUUCAAUUCAGCGGCGGUGGAGGCACAAUGGAGUUCUCAAUGGGCCAUGCAGGCAUUACUGAGCUAAGCCAGCUUGACCCAGGGGAGGACAGCAAAGAAAGCACUUUUGGAGGAACCCUUAGUUUUGACAUGUCUUUUGGUCCUGGUAUUAUGGUUGGUGGUGGCUUUGAGCUAACACAUGUGAACACAAGAUCGCAAGUCUUUACCGAUACUGAUGGGGAAGAGAGAGAGACCACAGUUUCAUUUGUGCUAGGCGAUGAAGACAAGGAUGAUGACUUUGUGUUGGACGUUUGUGAGUAA